UAAAGUUGGCUCUUUUUUUUCCGCCGUGUUAGUUCGUGUUUCGAGGAAAACAGCGGCUUGGUCUCCGUGCUAAAGAUGUGAACGCACAAACCGGGUCUGGUUAUGGGCAACACUCACCAGCUCAAAGCGAGAGACGCGAGCAGAAAGAGCCUCGUGUAAGAAAAGAAGAUGUCUCUGUUGCGCCUCUCCAUCGCCGUAACUCUCGGCUUGGUGUGGUAUUUUUCAGACUGCGGCCGCACACUGACACUGUACGGUGCAUGUCUGCUCUUUUGUUUCGUUACUCCACUGUUGCUCGUUCACAGUGGACGAGAGAGCGGCACUCAAACUGACGAAGAGACGAAUGGAAAGUCUCCCCAGAAAACGGUGGAGGGAGAUUUGUCUGGUGACUUGAAAGACGCAGAAAGCAGCCAGCAGGCUGAAGAGUCUCAGUAUCCACAUGUGAAGAGGUCUCUACAGCAAGUGUUCGAGUGCGCCUACGCCCAGCUGGUCCUGCCUUGGUACGGCGUCCCCGAGCCACGCGAGCAACAGCCUCUGCACCAGGUGCUCAGCAGGGAGUUCGACUUCAUAAUCGACCGCAUCAUUGAGAGAGCCAAAGACUUUGAUGUUCGCCAGGCGGUCGUGGGCUGCGUUCGUAUUUUGACCCAGCACUUGCAUAAUGCGAAGCAGUCUGACGGAAAGCUCUUGUUCAGCUCCAGAGCAGAGAUAGCAGUUCUCCGAAGGUUUUCUGAGACUAUAGUCCGUAACCUUUUCCCCGACUCUCUCAGGGAUGCAGAGGUCAACCGCUGUGCCUUAAACGAGAUUAUUGCUUUACGGGGGCUGGGUCUGUUGGUGACAUGGCUGUCGGACCCCGACAACCUGAACCAGCUGGUGGUGAGCCAGCUGGACAGCGUGACCCCCAAAGGCUGUGAGGAGGAGCUUUGUGGAUCAGACCCGGAUCAAACCUCUCUGGCUUCACAGGAGGGUGAAGGCGAGGCCGAGGGCAGGGAAGAGAGCUUAGAGGGAGCAGGGAUUUCAACCACCAGGAUCAAAACCAAAUGUAAAGCUAACAAGUUAAAAGAAGGAUGGUCUAAAUUUGUGGACAAGCUGAAGUGUAAGAAGGAAAAGAGGAAGAUGAAGAAGAUGGAGCAGGAGCUGAGGAUCAUGUGGGUCCAGAGAGACGGGUCCAGCGAGGACGAUGUCAGCAGCAGGGAGGGCUUCGGUCACAUCCAGCAGGACUUUGACGGGGAGGACAGUGACCUGGAAGACUACUUGACAAGCGUGCAAGAGGAGAUGAUGGAAUUCAAGCUUUCGUAUGAGAUGUGGCGCGUUGGCUGCUGGGCUGUCAGCAUUCCUCAUGCCGACUGGGAGGAUGAGGAGCUAAUCUUCACCGUUCACCUGGAGGAGAAGGGAAGCCCUGAGAACCUACAGUGGGACAUCAGGAAGACCUACAUGGAUGUUGUAUACUUCCGCAACAGAUGGCAGGACUCAACCAGCCUGCCCACAAUCCUGGUGCUUGAGGAGUCGGAGGUCAACGGUGAGGUCCAAGAAGAAGCCAAAGCAUCAGUGGAGCACUUUCUGCAGGAGUUAGUUUCUGAUAAUCUCAUCGGCCCCACUCAACCGGUUUUCCAGUUCCUCUGCCCUCUUGACAAACUGCUGAAUGAGGAGGAACAUAAAGGAGGCGUGUGGGGCCUUCUGAGCGGCUUGGCUUACUUCCUGACUCCAGGUCAAGAGGAAGAGGAGAGCUCGAGCCCUCAAACAGAAGCCCCUAAAGAAAUCAUAAAACCAUCUCCCCAUCCAGAAUCGACAGCUCUGCCUUUAGAAAACCCUGAUGCCUUUACUGAGGAAGGCAGUGAAGUUGACGGUGCUUCAAUCCCAACUAUUUUUGUCUCCGAACAUGGUUCUCCUCCAGAAUGGCUUGUAGAAGCAGAAUCUCCCUCAUUUGUGCACUCUGACUCUUCCCAAGACAAACCGGAGGACUCUGAUAAUCCUUUAACCUCUCCCUUUAAAAUGAUUUUCAAAGGACUGACCCGAUCCAGGUCACAAGAGUCUCUGGUCUCGACAAAAAACGCCAGUGACGAAGACCCACUUGAGUCAGACUCUUCGCCACACAGCUGCCAGAAUGGGGACAUGCAGGGGAGUGCACUUCAUUUCAGUGCAAGGUCAGAUGAAAUGGGCUUUAAGAUGUCAGGUGGAGCCAUCAAGACAAAAGGGAAGGACCAGGGCACUUCAUCACGAGGGGAGGACUCCCAGUGUCAGAAGAGCCAAGUCAACUGGGAGCAGCUGGAGGCGACCAAAGCCAUAUUUGAUCUGCUGAAAGAAAUAUCUGGAAACUCCAUCCUCAUAAACAUAUUUGAUGCCAUUUUGAAACCUGUUAUGCCCAUCUUGAAAAAAAAAGUGAAUUCUUUCCUCAACAAGUUGAACCCGACAGAGUUGCAGAUGGCCGCAUUGAUUGACACCAUGCGGAACAAACAGUGGCCAGAUUUUCAACGAGCAGUUCCUCAUGUUCCUCGCACUGACGAGCAGAAGAACGAGACGAGGGAAAGAGCGCAAAACCUAAUCAACACCAGAUAUUCAAACUAUCUUGUCCUGAAGAAGACGGACGUGGAGACGGUUUUUAAUCUUUUUCAGAACAGUAAAGAAAACAAAAUGCUGGUCUAUAUGCUUCUGUCGUUCCUACUGAGGGAAUUUCUCCCCGAUGAGAAUUCCCUAAAUGUGAGCGCCGCUGUCCUAUCGAAAGUGAACAACUCCGCCAACUGAUCUGUGAAUCCUUGACUGUGUUUUUAAUGGUACUCUCGCACAUUGUUUUAGAACAUCAAAUUAUUUAUUAGACAUCUUAAAAUGCCUUAAAAUAUUUGACCAUUCCUGUAUCACUGUCAAACAUUUCUGUCAUUUUUACCUCAGAAAUCAAACGUGUAAACAUUCUUGUAAGUUGAAUUUAAAUGUGUGAAAUCAGAAACAUUAUAUUUUUAUAGCCAGCUUUGCAUAUUGUGAAAAGGAGAAAACA